AUGCACAUGAUGCCCGCUGAGACCGCGGUGGAAUACUUAGCCAGCGCACCCCGGUUAUUCCAGCAGAAACCUGUGCAUUGGACCCUUCUAGACGGUCCAACUGAUGGCACUGUGAUGCUUACUUGGCAGCCUAUGGCGCAUCUGGGAAAUAACUUUGCGAGCGACGGUUAUGUAUGGGCCGAUCAAGAGCAGGCCUUUAGUUUUGAAUCCCGAGGCUACACGGUUGAGAUGUUCGUGCACCGCUGCGGUUACCACCCUCCGCACGAGAGCGUGGCGUCCCACACCCGAAAGCGCUAUCGUCUUGUUUCCUCAAAAAUCCCGAACGGUCCUCAGCCUGACCCAUCAUUGUGGAUUGUCCACUAUUCACGAGCACCUCCAAACGAACAUGUCCCCGCGGCCCGUAUUCCAGUCACCCCACAAAUUCAGAGUAUGAUGAGCCAACGCCGUUUCCUACAAACCCAAGGCCAAAUUAGUCGCAAAGAAUUCAUGCUCCACGACCGCAACAACUGGCCCACAAUUCCUUUCCCUCAGCAUAUUUCCGCGCAAGGCCUCACUCAACCUCAAGCCGCCUACACAAACGCUGCCGCCCAGGCUCGACCUGGCUUCUACCCACCUCAGGGCCACCCAGCGGCCGCCGCCGUUCACCAAACAAACAAAGUUCAACGCCCGCAUCGUGCCUCCUCAACCGCGAUGGCAUCUGCCACCUCUGAUUUUGCGCUCGAGGAUGAGGACGUGUCAAGUGGUGAUAUGAUUGACCAGCUCGCCCCGCGAGAUAUCAGCAAGAUGCGCUAUACGCUGCACCACGAGUGGAUGGAAGAUAUUUUCGCAUCGCCUUACACCAUGUCACAGAUCACUCCGGUCUCACUUGGCUUGGGUCGCAAGGGGGAGCUGGAGUCCUUGACUCAGGGGUUCUUUGAUGCGCCCGAAGGUGGAGAAGGCCAAGACAGUGAUGUCCCAGAAGCGUCCAAGCUAGGACCAGCCAAGGCCGAAGAGUUUGCGAAAAAGGUCACUGCGAAGGUGAAUGAAGUCAAUGCUGAAAUUGAGGACCUCAAGAAGCAACACGCUCGCCGAAUGGAGCAAUUCAAGCGCAGCUCGCUCUUCAAGGACGCUGAAUUGCGCCUCAGAGAGGCGGCUGCCGACCCUACCGCAACGGGUUCUGAGACGUGGAGACUGGAGGGCCGAAUUAUCAUUCCCUCAGAGGAUGAUGAAGCCCCACCAAUGGAAUAUGUUGAAGAGAAGGCCAAAUACAGAGUGGACGACGUGGUCCGCGAUGUUGAAACCGCCUUUAAGAAGCAGAUCAUGCCCGAGCCUAAGGUUUCAUGUGUAGAGAAGGGUGGUCUGCUGGAGAAGAUCGAGCCUGAACACAAGGAUGAACCUGAUUCCUUUGCUAAUGACAUGGUUUUGGAUCAUGCCGACAACCUUCUGAACCAGUUUGGCAGCCCAGGGAAUGGAGCUUCUGCCCCACCCGUGCCUGGCACUGAUAUCCCUGGUGAUGUGGACAUGGACCUUGGCGAUCAUCUCGGCGGUGCCAAUGGUGAAAAUGCGGGGUGGGUGAUGGUGAACAACGAGAAUAAGGAUGGGGCUGGUGGAGACACGAGUCUGGAAGGUGCGGCUUUUGAUUUCACCAACAUCGACAGUGCAGGUGAUGCGCUGGCCGCCUACUCCGAACAGCAUGAUGAUCUUGACCUCCCUGAUCUCGAUAAUUCGGCAUUCGGUGACGCAUUCCACGCUUCUGAUAAUGAACAUUCCCACCACCCAGAUGCCGAUGAGAUGUCUUAG